AUGACUCCUGCACCGAGUCGACGCAAGCAUUUGAAGAGCCGUAACGGCUGUAUCCAGUGCAAGAAACGCAAGAUAAAAUGCGACGAAAAUGGCAAAGUUCCAUGCGCGCAGUGCGUGAAAAGUCGCCAUGACUGCUCCUUUGCUCCACCACAGCCUGUCAUUGAGCAAAGUUUUUCGCCUGGCAAUUUGCUGGACCUCAAACUAUUACACCACUACACGACCAAAACAGCGCAAACAUUAUCGGGUACCCCUGAUGCGCGAUUGUGUGUCUCCACCAGCCUCGUGGAGCUUGCUAUGCAGCAUGAAUAUUUGCUACAUUCCAUCUUAGCACUUUCUGCUUUUCAUGUUGUCAGCCAACGAGAACAUGGGAACUAUACACAGCCCCUGAUUGCCGACUUUCCACGGGAAGUUUAUCUUCAGGCAGCCUACAAGCACCAUGAGAGCGCCUUGAAGGGCUAUCGAUACAGUCUCUCCUCGGUAACUACGGCAAACUGUCAUGGUACUUUCGGAUGUUCAGUUUUGUUGUUCAUUACAACGUUUGCUCGACCAACAGAAUCUGCCGUGUCGCCAGGUCCAUCGAAGAACAACCAAAUCGAUGUGUGGCUAGGCUUUCACUUAUCAGAGUGGAUUAUUCUCAUCCGAGGUCUGCCAUCUAUCGUCGGAUACAGUGAAUUUCGAAUCGCCCUCUUCAACGGACCCCUCGCUCCAAUGAUGAGCGCAGGUGAUCGUGCACGGGACGAUACAAAUCCCAAUGAGCCACCACACAAAGAACUGGUUAUCUCUCAAGUUAAUCUACUUUGCGAGGGCAUUCGACAACACUCUUCGGACGAGAGAAACAUUCAAGUAUGUCUCUCGGCAAUCGAAACGCUCCACAAUGUCAUAACGGAGUUGCACCAUUCCCACGACCAUGCACUUGCGUUUAUUUGGCCAAUCAGAGUACCCCCUGGGUAUUUCGAGCUUCUUGAAGCAAAGGUACCAGAAGCUUUGUUGGUAUUUGCAUACUAUUGUGCCAUUCUUUACAUAAUGAGCUCUACUUGGUGGACCAAGGGCUGGCCUCGACCGAUGAUUGAAGCUGUCGCAGAGGUUCUUGAUCCUAAAUGGGGUCCAUUGCUUCACUGGCCUCUGAGUUUGGUUUUGCGUAGCCCAGCAAGCCUUGAAAACACGCUUUUAUCUCCUAUCUUACCUGCGCCAAUAGUAUAUCGCCCCAGGUCACUUUAA